AUGGCUCGGUGCCCCCGCCGAGGACGGGCUCUGGCGCGGCGGGGUUGGCCUCAGCGCUUCCCGCCGGCCUUACGCGCCGGGGAGGCGGCGGGCGGGGAGGGGGCGCCGCGGAGCCCCUCACGGCCCCGCUGGGCCAUCUUGCAUUUUUCUCCCCGGGCGGUGGCAACGGCUCCUCAGCGCCGAUCACCUGACACGGAGCUGCCACCGCCGGGUCCACCUUACCGUAAAUACCCCAGCGCCAGCCCACCGCGCAGCGCCGGGCGCCGGCGGGGGAAGGGCGGGGGCACGCCGCCCGCGCCGCCACACAGGCGCACACACGCUCGCAGCCCCCCCCACGCCCCUUCAACCGGCUCCCCCGUCCUCUCGCGCCAGCCCGCCCGACCCGCGCCGAGGGGGCGAGGGUCUCCCAGCCUGUGCGCGGAGCGGGAACGGCGGGAAGCGCUCCGCGCACAGGCUGGGAGACCCUCGCCCCCUCGCUGCCUACACCCCCCGCCCUCCUUGUUUCCUCCCUCCCGGAAGGGCCACCGGGCCGCCUGUGUGAGCGCCGGGAGUGCACAGACCUCCCCCCUCCGCGGGGGCACGGCGGUGGCUGCCUCCCGAGGGGCGGCCCAGGCCUAA